AUGGCCAACUCGCGCUUCAACAUCAGGAAGAUGAUCAAGGAUGGCCUGAUCAUCCGCAAGGCAGUGAAGAUGCAUUCGCGCUCCCGGGUGCGAAAGAAUUUGGAGGCGAAGCGCAAGGGGCGACACACCGGCAUUGGAAAGCGCAGGGGUACCCGUGAGGCCCGAAUGCCCACGAAGGUCUUGUGGAUGCGCCGACAGCGUGUCCUUCGCCGUCUCCUCCGCAAGUACCGACAGCAGAAGAAGAUCGACAAGCGAAUCUACCACUACUUCUACCGCCACGCCAAGGGUAACUGCUACAAGAACAAGCGAGUGCUGAUGGAGGCCAUCCAUGCCAAGAAGACAGAGAAGAUGAAGGAGAAGGCCUUGCAGGAGCAGUCCGAGGCACGCAAGGAGAAGGCGCGCCUGGCCAAGGAGAAGAAGCUGCU